AUGGUGAAUGUGAAAUCAUCCGGAUUGACCAAGUCGAUUGGAGUGGCUCAAAUUCCAAGCAAUGGAAAUUGUUUGUUUGCUGCAAUGGCUCAUCAACUCUUUUACAGCCAUUCAAGGGAUUUGGCCCAUCAAGCAGCCCGCUUAAGAGAAGAGGUUGUGCGCCAUAUAAAAGCCAAUUUUGAUCGUUACAAACAUUCUAUCGAAGGUAAAAUAUAUGAAGAGCAAGAGUCCGUACCAGGAGAGAAAUUAACAGAAGAGCAAGUGAAAACAAAAGCUAAAUCCUUUUUGGACGAAUCAUUAUCAAAAUCGGGAUACUACGGUGGAUACGAAUCAUUGAGUGCAAUUUCAGAGAUAUACAAUGUGAACAUUCUUCUGUUUCGUGAAAAUGAUGAUUUUAGAUUCGUAAAUGAAUUCAAUAAUGCAUAUGAGGGCAUUGCAUGUGUCGCUUAUCGUUCGAACGCUGAUGGACGCUACAAUCAUUAUGACAGCGUUGUUUCAAUAAUGUAA